GUCCCCGCCUCGCCUCCGCCGCCGCUUGCAGAAGAAGAGAGGAGGAGGAGGAGGAGGAGGAGGAGAUCGGGAUGGAGCUGUUCGCGAGGGCGCAGGUGGUGAGGCUGAAGAGCCACCACGACAAGUUCCUGUACGCCGACGAGGACGAGGUGCACGUCACGCAGGACCGGAACGGGGCGUCGACGAACGCGCGGUGGACGGUGGAGCGCGUGCCGAGCUCCCCCGGGGUGGUGCGACUCCGGAGCCGCUACGGGCGCUACCUCUGCGCGUCCAACGAGCCGUUCCUGCUCGGGAUGACCGGGCGCAAGGUGCUGCAGGCGCCGCCGCCGCCCGCCGGCGGGCGCGCCGACUCGUCGCUCGAGUGGGAGCCCGUCAAGGACGGCUUCCAGGCGAGGCUCAAGACCCGGUACGGCCACUUCCUCCGCGCCAACGGGGGGCUCCCGCCGUGGCGGAACUCGGUCACCCACGACGUGCCGCACCGCACCGCCACGCAGGACUGGGUGCUCUGGGACGUCGAGAUCGUCCAGGUGCUCACCCAAGUCCAUGACCACGCCCCCACCGGCGCGGCCGCGCACGAACUUAAGAAGCCGCCGCCGCAGGAGGAGCCACGCCACCGGCCCACCAACUCGUACACCGGGCACCCGCCGCCUCCUCUGCAGAACGACUCGCCGCCGCCGCUGCGGGAGACGCAACACCGGCUCACCAAGUCGUACACCGAGCACCCGCCGCCGCCUCUGGAGAAAGACUCGCCGCCGCAGCCGCCGAAGCCGAAGCCAAAGCCCGCGCCGUCCGAGCUCGAGUCCUUCCCAUCUUUCUCGGCGCCAUUGCACAAGGUGGAAGGUCGUGCAAUCCACUACCAUAUUGCAGAUGACAAGGGCGAUGUGGACGACAACGACAAGACGAGCUCAUUCACAUUCAAUGGCUCCAACCUGGAGGAGCUCACGCUCAAGUUGCAGGAGGAGACGGGGCUUGAUGACAUAAUCAUCUGCACACGCAGCCCUAUCACCGGCAAGCUCGCUCCUCUCCGCCUGCAGCUGCCACCGAACAAUGCAGCAAUGCAUAUUGUGCUUGUCCGGGAGUCCUCAAAAGUGGCAAAAACAUUUCCAUGGCCGUACGGGCCAUAAUCUUUGGAGAGAAGGCAGCAAGUUGGUUCGAAUGAUUGGCUGUACAUUUUGUCCAUUCAGUUUUCUCUGUACGAGUGGAGUUCUUGGUAGGAUCUCAUUCUCUUGUCAGUCAGUGUAUAUAGCCUUAAGCCUAAAUUAAACUAGCAGAGGUAUCACGUGCGAAAAAUUGGAGAGACAUUUACAGUUCAUAGUUUUUUGAGACCUUGAAGCAUCUAUACCCUUCAUAUAUUUAUUGAUUAUUCCUAGGACAAACCAAGUGACUUUCAGAAGUUUAUUUCUGAUAUCCAUGGAUAUCCCAUCUCUGAAGAGUCGGCAGAAUUCAGCUUGGGGAUGAGUCUUAAUUCUGCCUG